UGUGAAAUGUCAUGUAAAUGUCGUGAUUGAUUUUGUAAAAUGGUUUAUUUCCUGAAAUUCAUAUUGAAUGAAGGAUAAAUUUAUAUGCAAUCACUUCAAAACUUGUGUAUGCAAAGUUUCAAAUGAAUAAUACCUACUUUUUAUAUUCGUUGGCGUUUAUCUAAAUAAGGACAAAAAAUGGAGCGUGGUAAAAAGAGGUUAUGCAUUACUUCGUACCCAAAAUUUGCUAAGGAGUUUCUCAAAAGGAAAAUACUGUGGACCCAAUCUCCAUAUAAGGUUAAAAUACCCGCACUCCAGUUGAUGGCAAAGUCUUUCAAUCUGGACGUCCAUACGCGUACUAUGCUCUUCUGGUGUUGCAAAUUCAGGAAACAGUGCGAACGGAAGGUGCUUGGUUACCUGGAGGCAAGCAUCCAGAAUAAUGCCAACAUAGAUUUGGCGCUGAAGAGUCAGAAGGUGCCACAGUGGAUCAGAGAUGUAGACGAGAAACUACAACUGUUGCCGAAAAUGAUACAACGAUUACUGUGCAACGGCCUACUGCCCCCGAAACACAAGGAACAAGUUGUUUGGAACAAGUUCGUGGUGAAACUGUUGAGGCACUGCAGACGCUACAAGACUACGCCAAACCAAGACGUCGUCGUCAAAGUAGCUGACUUAAUGGAUUUGAAGAAUCAUCAGUGUUUGCAAAGAUUGUGGAACCGCCAGGAGGAAACAGCAAUAUACAAGUAUCACAUUUUAGCUCAAAUGGGCGACAAACCGCGGGACGACCAAGCCCUGACCCGCGUAGAGUGGGCGGUCGUUGAUUUCAAGUGCUUGCACUGUGACUUUCAGCUCGUUUCUGAUCAUACAUUUAAAUCCGACGAACAAGUGACAGCACUCAUGGAUUUGUAUUUUCUUGUGAAGAUUUACAAAAUUGAAGAGAAGAGUGGUGAAGAUGUAAAAGAGAAAUGGGCUAAGGUGGUCAGGAAUUAUUCCAGGAAAUACGAAACCUCCUCCUCAGGUAUUGUGCUGCAACAUCGCUGGUGUGAUCUUAAAAAUCUUUCGAGCGAACAUAUUCGUAAGCGAAUGCACGAUAAAGAGCACAAAGUACACGCGCUGUUAGUAGAAAUCGCAUCGACGUACCCUCACAUACUGAGAGGGCAGGGGAAACCACAUUUCGUGGAUGUUUCGCAAAUUGUACCGGAUGUGGCCUAUUGCUCGGACGAAGAAAGAAACGAGAUAACAAAUGAACCUCUAGAUAAAACCGACGAUGCAAGCACAGAUUUUGAUAGUGACGAUGAAAAACCACUAGUCGUAGUUGAAAAUAAACCGGCAAAAUGUAAAGAACCAUUAACCAAAAUGGACAUGCCCGAUUUAGAACCUCUUGCUUAUGAUAAUCUUAAAAAGUCUGACGUAAAACCAGAUGUAGAUCUCAAUUCGGCUAACGUCGAAAGGCGGAAGAUGACUGAAGUGACAAAUUUGCAUGACGAUUUAAACAAUCAGUUGAAUUAUUUAACCGACGCUCAAUUGAGUGUCGUGCCUUGUAUUGAUUAUGAUGAAAAAGGUAAAGAUACCAUCAUUAAAACUUUUUCUAAAGUGAGUCCUGUUGUUCCUGUGGCACCUGUUAAUGAUACCGUAAUUAAUAAAGAAGAUAUUCAAAGUGAAUUUGAAACAUUGGAAUCGGAGUUUGAUAAACAUCUGAAAGAAUUGAAAAAAUUAAAUUUUGACCCCGGCAAAAGAGAAAAUGUUACAACAAAUAAAAAAGAGAACAGUAUUAUCCAAAAGAAGAAGGCGGUGUCAAAUAGAAAUAAAUAUGGACAUAACAGUGGCCUUAAGUCCAAGAAAGUUACGCCGCCGCAUAUUACAAAAGAUACAAAUUUACCUGUAAAAACUAAUGUGAUUCGCGGUAUUGGCAGUAAAAUUUAUGACUCCUUAAAUAAAAACAAAGCACCUGAUCCACAAAAUAACUACCAAGAUAGUGAUAUAGAUUUACUACAAAAAAUAGACCCAAAAAAUGCGGAAACGACUAUCAUAUUCUCAGAUUCUGAGAACGAAGAUAUCAUAUCUAAUACGGCAGGCAAAGAUCAAACGAACAAUGUUUUUAAUCUCAGCGAUGUUAAAAAAUACUUGAGUGAUCACAGCUUGGAUGACAUUUUGAAUAAGAUGGACGAUAUAGUAGUGAAACAAGACGUUGAUAAAUCGAGGGUUUGCGAAACUUUUGUUCAUUUGUCCGAUUCUGAUGAUGAGACGAAAUUCCCUACGAACAUUUCUGCAGUCGAUAUGAACGAUUUUAAACCCCUUGGUGAAGAAAACAAGAGUAAUCUUGAUUUGAGCAUAGAAGAGUCAGACCUAGUCUUAUAUGAGGUGUUAAGUAGAUCUAAUAAGCUAAAUACAAUAAAACCAAAUAGAACUUUUUUCAAAUCAACUGAUCUCGAUAAUUCACAUAUUAAUAUUGAUAAAAAUGUAAACCAUCUUCGAAAUAUAAGUUAUAAUGCUAAGAACGUGCUCAAAGAAUAUGAAAAGAUACAUGAAAAUACAAAUAUAGAUGAGAACGCUUCUAAUAAUCAAGUAGAGGGCUUAAAUUUAUUAAGAUCAUUGGACAAAUCGAAUGAAAAAACUUUAGGAGCUAAUGCAAAAAAUGCAAAUGAACUUAACGUCGAUACAACAGACAAUCUAGAAAAGUACCGAGGAGAAUGUGAAACAAGUAAAAAGGGAGGUUCUAAUAAUAUUUGCAUGACAAGUGGAAGUAAUUUGAAAGAGUCCUGUGAGGAGUCCAAAAUGUGUAAUGAUUUUAACAAUACUGAUUUGGAAAUGGGCGAUAAAAAUUAUGAAGAUGACAAAGAAAUUAAUGAAAAUGCUAUUGAUCCAAAACUAAUUAUGGACACUCGUAUCUACUUACCAAAAAUUGACGAAGUUGAUGCAUAUAAGAAAAACCGCAGAAUCGACUAUUCCAUUAACACUAGAAGGAUAAGUAAAGUGGGUUAUAAAAUUAUAAAUUACAAAAGGAAAAGCGACGAUCCGAUACAUAUAAAUAAUGACUCACAAUCUAUAAUAUCUGAUACUAUGAAAAAUACCUUUUCCAAUAAAAAUAUACCUGAAAAACGCAUGAAAAAUAUUUCCGAUGUUGAACCAGGAAUAUGUACAUCAAGACCUAAUUUCGCAGAUUUGAAAACGAAAAUAAUAUGCGAUCUUGUUGUGAAAAAAGAAAAGGACUCGCAAGAGACAAUAAGAAAUAAUUUUAAAACUUCUAAAGUCACAAAUAUAGGGCAUAAAAUCAAAUUCGAAGAAGACAGUGUGUCAGAUGGUGAUAAAAUGAAUGUCAAAGCUGAACACGAAAGUGGAAGUGACAGCGACGGUUCAAUUAAUAAAGAAGAUUUCGCGAGUAUACUAACAGACGGAGAUAUAAACAAAACUUAUAAUGAAAGAAACUCCUAUAAAAAUCAUUUAAAUAAAGAAUCUAAUUAUGAUAGUGAAGGUAGCCGUGAUAUGGAGUUAGACACAAUUAAAAAUAAUACAACUCACGUUAAAACUGCCGAUUCAGAUUCACCUAAUGGAGGAAUUACUAAUAACUGUAUCAAAAAUAAUGUAAUUAAUUCUAGUAAUUUACAAAGGACAGAUAUAUAUAGAAUUCCUGAAAAUGAAACAAGUUCGAAUAAUUGUUUAUUGGAGUUGUUGUUGCGUGAUAAAAAUUCUAGUUCAAAUAAAACUAAUAAAGAUACACAAAUUGAUGAAAAUAAUAUUCAAACAACGCAAGUUAUUGAAAAUAUAACGAAAGAAUUGAAUGAAGUUAAUCAUAAACCUAUUGAGAUACGUAAAAUUAAGACCGAUACUAAUGAUUGGACAGGUAAUAACAAAAAUACAGAUGAAGAGUUUAAAAAUGGCGCUGAAAACAUCACCUUAACAGACAAUUAUUAUGAAGACGUUAACUUUAAAAGUGUCAAAAGAAAAUUGAACAAAAACGAGGAACAUAAUAAGAAUAUUGAUAAAAAUAAAACUUUUGAGAAAUAUUAUAACAUUAUUGAUACAGAUGAAAGUACUGAUGAAGAUAUAGGUACGAAAACAUUGAAAAAAUUAAAAACUACAUAUACGGAAAAAGAUUACGAACUUUUAAUUGAAAAUCAACAUAACAGUGACGAUGAAAAUGAUUUUAAUUGUGAUCGUGUUCACGAAAUAACUCCUAUCAGCAAUAUAGAUGACAUGUUGAAGUUGUGUAAACCUGUCAAAUUGUGCUUGGAGAAAGUUAAGGUGCCGCUGGAAACGAAUCCAGUCCGCAGGGUAGAGCUCCCCGACCGCGGCAGCCUGAGGAGGCACCGCGCGCCCACCGCGCACGUGGCGCCGCUCACCACCACCACCCUCACCACCAGCUUCACCACCACAACCAACAGCCUCACCAACAGCUUCACCACCAGUCUCACCACCAACGACACUACCACCCUCACCAGCUUCACCAACAGCCUCACCACUAGCCUCACCACCAGCUUCACCACUAGCCUCACCACCAGUCUCACCACUAGCUUCACCACCACCACCAACAGCCUAACCAACGCCUUCACCACCACCAACACCACACCGGCGUGUGCGCAAGAUUUGGAGGUCAUGGAAGGCGAAAUUGAAAAUGUCCUACAAGAAUUAUCCAUUGAAACAGCUAAUGAAUGGCAACGUCUUCAAGGUGCUGUUGAUACGUCAUUCAAAAAGAGAGCGAAAUCGCCCUGUACGGCUUAUUGCCCUCUGAAAGAGAAAAAAAAAGGAAGAUAUAAAGAAAAAUCGGUAACUGAACACAAGAAGCGAAGACUUACAAUCACACCCGAAGAUUUACAAUCACAAAACGAGGAAUGGCAACGGCAAAAAACAAUGAACAACAGAUUUUUCGACUUGACACCUAUUUACAAACGCGUCCCGUCUCAUUCGAAAACUAUAUCAGAACAGAAACAAGCUUUACUUCACAAAAAAACAGAUAAAGAUGGUAGUGAUGUGAAAAAUCAAGAAAUUAUCACCAUUGAUGAUGAUUCGAACUCUAAUUCUGAUAAUCGCGAAAUCGUAACGCUUUCAGAAGAAGGAAGAGCUGAAGUUGAUAAUGUAUUCGUAGAUAAUUCAAACGCUCCGUUUUAUGUAAUAUUCCAGAGUGACAAUUCAGGUAUGCUAGUUCAGGCGCCGGAGUUAACGCCACUUACAAAAUUAAAUGUCAGAGCGGCUGAUAAACUUAAAACUAAACGAGAUGAAGCUAAUAUUAAAACGAUUCGUGUAAAAAUAAAUUCUCAAACUAAUUCGUCCAGCAGAAGCCUUUUAAUGCCGUCUGUUACGAGUACAAAUUCAUUCGGAGCUACCCUUUCGCGUAAACCUAAAAAGAUCAUGCGAUCAAAAAAACAUACUAACGGUAACAAAUCAAAUAUUGAUGGACCUAGUAAAAAAGUUAAACGCAAUUCGAGAAAGAAACGCAAAUUUGAAGACGUCAUAUCUUUGAGUGACAGCGAUGAAGAAGUGAAGCUUGAUACGAGAGAAAAAGAUGGUAGCGAUAAACUUGAAACUGUUGUGAAUAAAUCAAAAAAAGGCGCCUCUCUUAAAAAGCAACAAUAUAACCCUCCGAUUAAAGUAAUGAGAACCAAUCCCGAAGUAAAUCCUAAACCAAACUCAAAGAAUAAUUUAAAAGUGAUGGAAAUAGGACCUAUGGUCGCAAAUAUGAUAAAUGUAUUAACGAAAAAAUCACAAACCUUGAAAAAUGUACCGCAAAUUAAACACGUAACAUCUGUACCGAUCAGUAUAGACCUUGACGAUUCAAGUGAUGAGGUGAAAAGCAAUGACGAUAGCAACUCUAAUGAUAAAGAUUCAAACAUUGAUACUGAACGAGCAUCACAGAUAGUUAAAGUACAAUCAGUUCUAGGAACAAAUUGUGAUACAAGUCUUAGUAAAGAAGAUGUUAAUCUCAAUAAACCGGUUAACUCUGGAGAUGAAUACGUGGAUUCAGAUAACGACGACCUUUACAUCGACGAUGGUAUAAAUUGUUCCGAGGAUAGUGUUACAUCACAAAAUUCCGAACUUAUAAAUGACUCGUCUGGGAAACGUCUAGAAAUUGGACCACAAAUCGCUAAUGUUUUCUCAAUUCCAUCAAUAAGUCGCGACGAAGAUUUGACGUUAGAUAGAAUUGUUAUUGAUAAUGCAGAUACAAAAAAUCAAAGUGAUUCAAAAUUUGAAGAUUCCUUUGAUAAUCUUAAAAAGGCGGAUGAAGAAAAUAAACUAAUUAAUAUUAAAAUUGAUCAUAUCAAUCAUAGCAAAAUUAACGAUAGUAACGAAACGGAUAAUUUCGACGUUAACACAAAUAACGUUAUUCCUAACGAGAAAGAUUCAAUAACAAACGCAAACACUGAUGUUAAUAACACGAAAGUUAAGACUGAUCAAGAAAAUUAUACACGAAAUGACGAUACAAAAGUUAAAUCUGAGCCUAAAUCUUUUCUGAAAUUGGUGCCAAUAAAGAAGCUUCUGGGAGAACCGCACAAAGAUAUAUUUCUUGAUGAUAAUGAUGACGGAAGUAAACCUAGAGGGGCGCCUAUGCCUUUUAUGUGCAGCACUCAUGAGACUGGCUUCCCUGUUAUAAGCGACAUCAGAUCCUUGUCGGCUGAGGAAACAUCUCAAUGCUCCAAGUCUACUGAGAAAUCGCAUAUUUCCAGUAAUCAGAUUCCGGUACAAUUGGAGUCCACAAGCCGUCAAGAAAAUAAACCCGAUUUACAAGCCAAUGGAAUAAUGCGCGAUCAGUUUUCAUCGCGAGCUGUCAGCGUGUCCGAAUUUAUAGCGGACAGGGACGUCACUAACUUGACGCUUCUGUGUGUGGACGGAGCCAGGCCCCUGUGGAAGAUCAGCGCCGACCAUCUAAUAGUGACCAAUUUGAAACUUCCUAUAAUUAACCCCACGUACUGGACGCUCGGGCCGGUUGAGGAAACAUUCAGAAUUAUUAUCGAUGAUGAUAGUAAUGCAGGCUCGAGCGCGGUCGGCGGCGUCACAAUACCGGACGAUAUAUUUGUGGACCGCCAUUGGUUCAGGAAACUGUGCGCAGACCCGCUGGUUUAUUCCAAGAUAUGGUUCGCCGUCCACGACAACCAAUCGUUUCAGCAUUUGCUCCUGCUCAAAGUGCCCGUGCACGUUUACUCCCGACUGACCGGCAAAGUUCUUCCGCUACCCGUGUUACACAAUGUAACGGGAAGAAUGGAUGAUAAAAUAAAAGUUCAGAAUCCAUCAUCGGUCGGUGUCAUGGUGAAGAGAGUGGAAGAUAAGUCGUUUGUCGUUGCCGUAGCGGACAGUGAUGAGGAGUGAGUUUUGAUACGUACAUAUAUAUAUGGUGACGUGGCCCUUGCGGGGUAGACAGAGCUUAACCGUCUUCCAAGACGGUUAAGCUCUGUCUACGUAUAUAUAUAUAUGUGUAAUUAAUACUGAUAAUUAAUUACAUAUAUAUAUAUACAUAUAUGAUCACGUCUAUAUCCCUUGCGGGGUAGACAGAGCCAAUAGUCUCGAAAAGACUGAUAGGCCACGUUCAGCUGUUUGAGGUUGCUAGCCCGUCGCUUAUGGAAUAUUGAAAAAUUGAAAAUUGAAAAAAUCUUUAUUUCCAAUAUGCUUAUACACUUGGGAUUUUUCUUUUAGGCGAUGGGCUAGCAAACUGUCACUAUUUGAAUCUCAAUUCUAUCUUAAAGCCAAACAGCUGAACGUGGCCAUUCAGUCUUUUCAAGACAAUUAGCUCUGUUUACCUCGCAAGGGAGUAAAAACGUGAUGUAUGAUAACAUACAUCGCGUUUAUGUAAGAUAGAUAGAUAUAAGAAAAACUCUUAGAACAAAUGUUAUUUCAUUUUAGUAGCGUUGUUUCUCUUGUCCCAUUUUUAAAUAUUUUACAAAUAAACAGACUACGUCUAUUUAAAGAUUUCUGGAACAAAUUUCUCCCAUAAAUAAGUUUUCCAUGAUUAUUUUUUGUUACAAUUAUGUAAUGUUACAAUUACAUAUAGUAUACUAUUUCUAUUUUGUAAAAAAAAAAGUUAUUUUAUUGCUAACUUACUAUGCCUUGUCCAACUGUUUAUUUUAAUUCUGACAAGUCAUUAAGUGUGUUACUGUAAUAUUACUGAUGCUAUUUCAUAAGAAAAUCGAUUUAACAUUUUAUCAUAAAAAAAAAAUAUUUUUUUUUUGUGUCCAACACAUUUUAAUAUCAAUCCAAAAUUUUUUUUCAUAAAUAUUAUAAAUUUUUGUUGCAUAAUAAGUAGAUAUUGGUAAAACUUAACAUUUUAGAUUUAGUUUGUAAGCGAUUAAAACCGAUUUAAUAAUUUACAGUAAUGACUAAUAACCUUUAUAAAGCACUACGAAAUAGUAACGUUCCUUUAUACAUAUCUGAUUACUGAUUUAAAUUGUCAUCGCUGGUAUAAAAAAAAAUAUAGUAGUCAUAAGAGGUAGUCUCUGCCUACCCCUCCGGGAAAGAGGCGUGAUUUUAUGUAUGUAUGUAUAAAAAAAAUUUGACAUAUUUAAAAAUAAUUUAAUAUGUAGCAAUAUUGGUAAGUAAGUAUGGUCUCACAAUCUAAACACUUAACGACGUAUUUUAAACUUUAUUUUCACCAAAAGUAAAACGUUUAGAGUUAUGAAUGUGGAUGAAGCGAAGGAAGUGUGCAGAGAUCGUGGCAAGUGGAAAGAGGUAGUCUCUGCCUACCCCUCCGGGAAAGAGGCGUGAUUUUAUGUAUGUAUGUAUGUAUGUGAAAGUAAAACAAUUACGUGGUACGUACAACUGCGGCGGCAUCUGUCGGAAAUGAAAUAAACGAAUGGACAUGUUUUUAAUAUUUAAUUUUUAUACUCACAUAAUCUUUCGCCUUACGUAAAAUACGUAUUUCUCACUUUGUAAAUAAAAAAUACAUAUUUCAAUAUAUGUAUGUAGUUGAAAUUGUAAAUUAUUUAUGUUGGAAUGUUUGAACGAUAGUUAUAUGUGACAUUUAAUUAAGAUUAUUCUAUAAGUUUGUUAAAUAUUUUUUUAAACUCGAAUUUUCUAGACUGAAUUGAUUUUAAAAUUGUCGAGAAAUAAUGAUCGUUUAAGAAAAUUAGUCUUGCAAAAAUAUUAAAAACAAGAGGCCGCCCGCGACACCGUCCGCGUGGAAUCAAUCCCGCGGGAACUCCGGGAUAAAAAGUAGCCUAUAUGUUAUUCUGGGUCUUCAGCUACCUACAUACCAAAUUUCAUCGUAAUCAGUUCAGUAGUAUUAGCGUGAAAGAGUAACAAACAUCCAUACUGACAUCCUGACAUACUCACCAACUUUCGCAUUUAUAAUAUUAGUAGGAUAUACCUAUGUAUACAUAGGUAUGUAUAAAUCUCUCCUUUUCUGAGAAAUCAACUUACGGCCCUUCUUACCGUUGGACCCAGAAAUUUGAAAUAAAGCAUGAAGUUCACUUAUGAGGUCUAAGAGAGAAUUUUCCCUUUUCAGUCUUGGACCAUUGCAAGCGCGAUGCCGUUUUUAACGCGCGUUAAAACUAUCGCCGUCCCGUUUCACAUUAGUAGUAAUAGAUAGUAUUAACGCGCGAUGUAAACGGCGUCGCGCGCGCAUUGCUACCGGCACUGGGAAGCUUGCAAGACACAUUAGCGAUAAUACCGCCUUUAAUUUUCGUUCUUAUGUGUUUUGUUGCAAUAAAUUUAGUUUUCAAUUAGUCAGUCAGUCAGCUCUCGUCGUGUCAAUUAUUGACAGACUUUUUUUAGUCUUAUUUCUCGACGAGUCAUGUGUAUUUUAACUUGUAAAUUUGUGUACAUUGUUUAUAAUUUACUUACUUAAUUUUAAGUAUAAUGUUAAUUUUUUAUAGAUUAAUAAUGAAGAACCAAAUAUGAUUGUAUGUUGGAAAUGUUUGUCACAGAAAUGGAAGAAAUAAAAGAUUAUAAUAAAAAAUAUAUAUUCUUAUUUCCACGAACUACGGUAUGAGAGCUUCACAACAAAUAACACUUAAAAUUAUAUUAUUAGCAUAGACGCUUAUUAAAAUUAUGGGGUAGUGGCAGCCCCUAUAUAACGGACGCGCGACCGUUGUUCGUUUUCAUUCGAGCAGCGGCGGCCGUGAGGUGAACAUCGUAUUCGACGUGUCUUGUGAGCGAUAUUGU